UUCGCUUCAAAACAAUGAGGUCUAAUGAUCCCACAUGGGGCCAUAGUCACACACUGUACAAUACAUCCAUCAUGAAUUUAUUUAUUUAUUGAUUUUUUCUCCACACUUCCAGUGUGACAUCACAGAAUGUACACCUUUUAUCAAACAUCGUUUUCACCUCAUUCUCACACCGACUUUCGACGAGGAAAGAAGCAACAGCAACUAUGACGUAUUACUCCAACAUCUCUGAACCCUGCGAUGUUUUCAUCGAGGUUGAAGGUGUUCAGAUCGAGGCCCACAGAGCGGUGCUCUCUGAAUUGAGCCCAUACUUUAGUGCUCUGUUCUCAAAGCGGAUCCCAAGCAAGCCUGUGUACAACAUCCCUGGUGUGGCUCCAAACAUAAUGCAAUCCAUCAUCCAGUAUGCUUACUCCAACACAAUAAAUAUUACAGAGUUAAACGUGAAGGACCUCUUGGUGGCAGCUGAUUAUCUGCUCGUGAGUGACGUUGUUCAACGCUGCUGCACAUUUCUGGAGAAACGAGUAUGCCUGGAGAACUGCAGGGAAAUGUUUCAGCUUGCUGAUAUGUUCUUCCUUAACGAGCUGCGUAAAAAGUCUUUGAGUAUAAUUAACGAGAACUCAUUCAGCAAUCCAGAUGAUCUGAGCACCAGAGAAGUUGCACAGAAAGCAUCAAAAGCCAUACACACUGAGUGAUUAAUAAUAUAAUCAGUGAUCAAUCCAAAUAAGAGUGUCUGUCUAUCU